AUGCCCGCCAGCAUGUUCAGCAUCGACAACAUCCUGGCCGCCCGGCCGCGCUGCAAGGACUCGGUGCUGCCGGUGGCGCCCAGCACCGCGGCUCCGGUCGUCUUCCCGGCCCUGCACGGGGACUCGCUCUACGGCGCCGGCGGAGGCGGCGGCGGCGGCGGCGGCGCCUCCUCGGACUAUGGCGCCUUCUACCCGCGGCCCGUGGCCCCCGGCGGCGCGGGCCUCCCGGCCGCGGUCGGCGGCUCCCGCCUCGGCUACAGCAACUACUUUUACGGGCAGCUGCACGUGCAGGCGGCGCCCGUGGGCCCGGCCUGCUGCGGGGCCGUGCCGCCGCUGGGCGCCCAGCAGUGCUCCUGCGUGCCGACGCCGCCAGGCUACGAGGCCCCGGGCUCCGUGCUGGUGUCCCCGGUGCCGCACCAGAUGCUCCCCUACAUGAACGUAGGCACGCUGUCGCGCACCGAGCUGCAGCUGCUUAACCAGCUGCAUUGCCGGCGGAAGCGGCGGCACCGCACCAUCUUCACCGACGAGCAGCUCGAAGCGCUCGAGAACCUCUUCCAGGAAACCAAGUACCCAGACGUGGGCACGCGCGAGCAGCUGGCCCGGAAGGUGCACCUCCGCGAGGAGAAGGUGGAGGUCUGGUUUAAGAACCGCCGCGCCAAGUGGAGGCGGCAGAAGCGGUCGUCGUCGUCGGAGUCGGAAAACGCCGAGAAGUGGAACCAGGCUUCGUCCAAGGCGUCGCCCGAGAAGAGGGAAGAGGAAGGUAAAAGCGACGUGGACUCGGACAGCUGA